UCAAAACCCAACCUUUCUCCCCUCUCCUCCGCCUCAUGAGCUCUUCGAAACCACCGCCAUUUGCGCCGGAAGAAGGCUCGGAACCCUUCAAUCGGAAGAAAUCUUCUUACAAGGAUGUGCUCAUACUUGCUUACCAAAGCCUGGGUGUGGUGUAUGGUGAUCUCAGCACUUCACCUUUAUAUGUUUAUAAGACUACUUUCUCAGGGAAGCUGAGUCUUCAUGAGAGUGAUGAGGAAGUUUUUGGGGUUUUUUCAUUCAUAUUUUGGACCCUCACUCUCAUUCCACUAUUAAAAUACAUUUACUUUGUUUUAUCAGCUGAUGACAAUGGUGAAGGCGGUACGUUUGCGUUAUACUCUUUGUUAUGUCGACAUGCUAGACUAUCUAUUCUGCCUAACCAACAAGCUGAUGAUGAGAAUCUGUCAACUUAUGAUGUUGAAGGAUCUACAAACACUUGGCAGAGUGCUAUGCUUAAUGAUUUUUUCAAUAGGCACCCUAGAUUCAAAAAUGGGCUUCUAAUUGUUGUUUUGCUUGGAACUUGUAUGGCUAUUGGUGAUGGGGUGCUCACUCCUACCAUCUCAGUUCUCUCUGCUGUUUCUGGAGUUAGAGUGAAGAUAACUAAUCUUCAUGAAAAUUAUGUUGUGGCAUUAUCGUGUUUGAUCUUGGUGGUGCUUUUCUCGCUCCAACGCUACGGAACACAUCGAGUCGGUUUCAUGUUUGCUCCAAUCGUAAUUGCUUGGCUUUUUUGCAUUAGUGGCAUUGGUAUAUAUAACAUAUUUAAAUGGAAUCCAAGCAUCUUCCGUGCGAUCUCACCAGGGUACAUGUGCAAAUUUCUCAGAAGCACUGGGGUGGAAGGUUGGGUGUCUUUGAGUGGUGUGGUUCUGUGUAUCACAGGUGCAGAGACCAUGUUUGCUAAUUUGGGUCAUUUCUCUCCAAUUUCAAUUAAGAUUGCUUUCACCUUUCUGGUCUAUCCUUGCCUCAUUCUUGCUUAUAUGGGUGAGGCUGCCUUUCUUUCGAAGCACCAUGAUGACAUCCAAAGAAGCUUCUAUAAAGCUAUUCCAGAAAGUGUAUUUUGGCCUGUUUUCAUAGUAGCAACAUGUGCUGCAGUAGUUGGAAGCCAAGCAGUGAUUUCUGCAACAUUCUCUAUUGUAAGCCAGUGCUGUGCUUUGAAUUGCUUUCCUCUUGUGAAAAUUAUUCACACUUCAAACCACAUAUAUGGCCAAAUUUACAUCCCAGAGGUCAACUGGAUUCUAAUGUGCCUUUGUUUGGCUGUAACAAUUGGACUAAAAAAUACAAAUAUGAUUGGACAUGCAUAUGGGCUUGCCGUCACAGUCGUGAUCUUUGUCACCACCUGGCUUAUGUCCUUGGUGAUAAUAAUUGUCUGGAAGAAAAAGAUUAUUUCAGCCAUUAUUUUCCUCAUAUUCUUUGGCUCUAUAGAGCUCAUAUACCUCUCUUCCUCCUUUGUCAAAAUUCCUGAAGGGGGCUGGAUACCUCUCACACUCUCUAUAAUCUUCAUGUCUGUGAUGUACAUCUGGAACUAUGGAACACUGCUGAAGCAUGAAUUUGAUUUACAGAACAAGGUUUCGGUUCAGAGAAUAUUGGCUUUGGCUCCUAAGCUCGGGAUUGUUCGAGUUCCCGGCAUUGGCCUGGUUUAUUCCGACGUGUUGGCCGGUAUUCCGGCUGUUUUUGGACAGUUUGCAAUGAGCCUUCCAGCUUUUCAUCAAGUUCUGAUCUUUGUGUGCAUCAAAUCAGUUCAAGUUCCCUUCAUCCCUGAGAGUGAGAGAUUCCUUGUCGGCCGGGUUGGGACGAAGGAGCAUCGAAUGUUCAGAUGUGUUCUGAGGUAUGGGUACAAAGAUUUGCGACUAGAAAGCUAUGAAUUUGAGAGCCAGCUUGUGUCUAAAGUUGUCUCCUUUGUGGAGUUGGAAGAAAGUCUGAGAUCAGAAGAGAAUGCAGAGCUUCCACUUUCGCCGCCGCCGCCGCCUGUUUCGAUAAGAAGUGAAGAAUCUGUGGAGAUUCUCAAGGAGAAGGAAUGUGGUGUGGUUUAUAUUAGUGGACACUCUUAUGCAAAGGCAAAGAGUUCAUCUUCCUUGAUGAAGAAAUUCACCAUAGAUGUUGUUUAUGCUUUUCUUAGCAAGAAUUGCAGAGCUCCUGAUGUUCAGUUGAGUGUUCCUCACUCUUUGUUGCUUAAAGUAGGAAUGGUAUACUAUGUUUGAUGAUGAAAAAGAUGAUGUUUUUAUGCGAGCCAUUUUGAUAUGGCAACUCAUCUAAAAGUGAAUUGUAGAUUGGUUGAUUUAUGUCAAAGUGUUCAUAGAUUAGAAUUCUGAAAUUUGAAUUGGAGCUAAUUUAAUGAAAUGAUAAAUUGAU